AUACCUAUAACCUUCCACCAGCAACAAAUAUCAGUUAUCUUUAUCCAUCAAGGUUAUAAGAGAUCGAAAGAAAUACCAACUUGGUUGACCAGUUGGCCUCACCUUUGGAUGCUACUAGAUAAAAAAGGGCCGUGGGCGUACUAAAGCUCCCGCAAGGGUGUAUUGUACACAGUCUUAUCUUGCAUUUCUUCCAAGGCUUUACUAGUUACUUCAAGGCUCCCUGCAUAUGAAGACGACAUUUAUGUCAUACAUGGGAUGGACUCCACAUGGAUGAGUCUGAAACUUGUAAUAAUAAAAAGAAAGACUCAGCAGAGAAACUUGACUAUUAAGAGUAAUUGUUUUCCUAUAUAAUGUUUCAUCAAGAGAGAAAGCAAAGGACACAGCAAGUAUCAUAAUUUUGGAUAAUAGCCCAAAACAAGAAAGAAUGGCGGAGGCCGUGUCGAAUCGCUGGGUCGUGAAGAUUGCAGAUACACUCCUGCCCAUGAAGUCUGUGAUAAGAAAGAUGAUGAUGUCGAUUCCAGAGACGGAGUUAGACGGUAAUGAUCAAGAAGAUAUAGUUAGGAGAGAUGAAAGAAUGGUUGAAAAUAUUAUGAAGGCAGCUCAAAUACAUUUAGUUGUGGCAGCUCUAUUAAUGACAGUGACCUUCACAGCUGGUUUUACGUUACCAGGAGGUUUUGAAAGCAAUACUAAUAGUCCAAAUAAAGGGAUGGCGAUUCUAUUAAGAAGAACAGCAUUCCGUGCAUUUGUCAUUUCGGAUGUCAUCGCCUUUGCGCGCUCCACUGCGGCUGUAUUCGCUUACUUUGUUAUGGCAACAAAAAAUCUGCAACAACAGAGCUAAGAGUCAUUAUCCAGCUUUAUUAUAUGGCAAUUCUGUCGCAGCUUCAGGCGAUGACAGCAGUUGCAGUUGCAUUUAUAACUGGUUUGUAUGCAACUUUAGCACAUUCUGUUGGUCUCGCCGUUACUGUCUGUGUCAUAGGCGUCAUUGCUUAUUAUACGGUCUGCUAUAUGAUUCUUCUUCCUGAAUUUAACAUCCGAAGAGAAAGAACUUGAGCAGAGGAUAAACUUAUGUUCUAAAGAUGCAGCUAGCAAUGUGUUUUAUGUUGCAUAUAAUAAUUUACAGCUAUCAACAAUUGCAUCUUUUUGCCAUCUUCAUAUUUGAUGAUGUCCCUACAUAUUUAAUCAAUCAUGUUAUAGGGUCAUCAAUUGUGGGGAGUUUUACUUUCUUUCAACUAAAUAAAAAUAAUAUGAUAAUUACUUUUUACUUUUC